AUCCGAGACUCUCUCUCUAUGGACUCCCGGGAAGCUCCGGGCUCCCACGCCACCCGCUCCUCCGAGUGACCCGCCGGCUAGAGCCCCACAGAGCCCCGGGCCCCGCCGAGGAACCGCUGCCACCGAGCUGGGCCCCACCGAGGAGCCGACGCCGCGCAGGAUGGUACGCACACUGUAUGCCCUCGGUGCUGCUUUCCUUCUGAUGGGAUUUCUGCUACCAGCAGCAGAAGGGAGGAAGAGGAACCGUGGAUCUCAAGGUGCUAUCCCUCCUCCUGACAAAGAUCAGCCCAAUGAUUCAGAGCAAAUGCAGACACAGCAGCAGUCAGGCUCAAGGCAUCGAGAACGAGGAAAAGGCACCUCCAUGCCUGCUGAAGAGGUGCUGGAGUCCAGUCAGGAGGCCCUGCACAUCACCGAGCGCAAAUAUCUCAAGAGGGAUUGGUGUAAAACUCAACCUCUCAAACAAACUAUCCACGAAGAAGGCUGCAACAGUCGCACCAUUAUCAACAGGUUCUGCUACGGCCAGUGCAAUUCCUUCUACAUUCCCAGGCACGUCCGCAAAGAGGAAGGCUCCUUCCAGUCUUGUUCCUUCUGCAAGCCCAAGAAAUUCACCACCAUGACUGUUACACUCAAUUGUCCAGAGCUUCAACCUCCGAGAAAGAAGAAAAGGAUCACCCGAGUUAAGGAAUGCCGCUGUAUAUCUAUUGACUUGGACUAAACUGGGAAAACUAUGGUACUGCUUUCACUCAGACUGUAUGCAGUCAUGGCCAGCGUGAGGGUGAGGGACAUGAACUUGCAUAUCUCUGGGGCUGGACAAAAUU